AUGUCGAACCAGCCACGCUAUGGCGGCCAAUAUCAUCGCAAGCAUAGAAACGAAGAUAGCGCACCACUCAGAGCCAGCAAGGAAAUCCCUCGAGGUUUCCAGCAUGUGCCCUACUCGCCCGAGGCUGCUUCACGACCAAGGUGCCCCAGUUCGGAUUACGACACACCACCGUACCAGCCUGACGAGAGUCCUCCUUCCGAUUACGACCACUAUGAACAUCGAUCCAUGCCGAAAUACAUACCUAAAUCGCCCGCUCUGCAGUACAGGAACCGCUCUCCAGACCCAGACUCAGACUAUAUCGCCCCGCCUGGACCCCCCAGCGAUGACGAUGAUUAUAUUGACCAGCGCAAGUCAACCAAAGGUGUAUUUUCAGACGAGACUUCAAACUACAGUAAUCGUGAAUUUUCGAAAGGCAGGUCACCAGACCGCUACUCUGCCUCACGGGACCGCGAUGGCGCCCGGUUCAUAGAUGAUACCCCGCCACGCCAAACACGGCCAGACCGCCGAACUGUGAGAAAUAGCGGAUGGGAUAGCAAACCCAUCGUGGUGCGAAGUCGAGGAUUGAAGCCCGGAAAAUAUGAAGACUAUCAAGAAGCAAAGCAGUUUCUGGAGAGAUUCGAGCAGUUUGAGGCCCAGCUAGCCAAUCGACGCAACACGGGCCAUCGCCGCCGCGACGAGUACAGUCCGGAACGCUAUAGAGAUGAUAGAAGCCGCCUAAUGCGCUACAACUACAAUGACUACCAAGAAGCAAAGCAGUUCCUAGAGCGAUACCAAAAGCUCGAGGCUCAACGUGCGCAGCGAUCGCAACUUGAGUAUCGUCGCGACGAGGAAUAUAGUCCGGCCCGGUACAGAGGAGAUAGCCCGAGACGCUACAGAAACGACAACUCAAGUCCAGUUCGCUACAACAAGGGAGAUUACCACGAAGCGAAAGAAUUUCUUGAGAGAUACUGUACACUCAAUGCGCAGCACGCCAGGAGAUAUGAAGCCGCGCACCACAGCCCCGACGAGGACCCAUCAAUUCGCUACAGAGACAACGACGAGUACACGCCAAUCCGGUAUAGAGAUGAGGACUCUAGCCCCCCGAAUGUUUACAGAGAUGAAGACGACUACCCACCAAUCCGCUACCGAGGUGACUCCUCUAGCCCAAUCCCCUACCGAAACGCCGCUCCCAGUCCCAGACGACUCGCAGCGCGUCAACCUAGUCCCGAAAGACAACAAAUGCCAGGUUCCUUCUUCGAAGAGACUAACAUGUAUCCCGAACCCCCCUCGGAUAUUGCAUCGCAGCCCAGUGUAUCACCCCCUCUACCCCCAGCACCCUUCCCACCCGCACCUUUUCCACCAGCCCCCUCGGUCCCCGGCUCAGACAUCUGCUCCAUGCCGUCACUCCGCCACGGUAGCGCGUACGCCUCUUUUGACGAACACAGUAUCCAAGGUAGCGACUACGACAGCCUUCCCCCCUCGCGGCGUCACAGCCCUAGCCCUAGUCCUAGUCCCGCUCGUUCCGCAACCCGCUCCAUCGUCAGCACAAGCACCAGCAGCCACGCACACAACCGUCGUACCCGCUCCUACGACAGCGACGACAACGGUAUAGCAGAAGGAAGCGAUUAUCUACCCAGUGACAGCGAAAUCGACCCGGACGGUGAACACGACUCUUUGAGCGAUGACGACGGGAACGGGGUUGCGGAGGGAAGCGAUUAUCUGCCUAGUGAUGACGGUAGGAGGAGUGUGAGGGGUAAGGGUAGUGGGGUUUGCUCGAGGGCGGUGUCUGAUGUUGGCAGCGAUGAUGAUGAUUAUGACGAUGGGGAUUAUAUGAGUAGUGAUGGUGAGGAUAGGAUUGGUGGGAAGGAGAGGAUGAGUAUGGCGGGGGCGUGGGUGUCGUAG